CUUCGGGGCGCCGACGCUGCUGGGGCUGCAACGCCGUCGCAGCUGGCCGUCCUCUCCGGUUUUCCUCUCGCUGCUCCGGGGCAUGAAAGGGAUUCGCUGCGGGGCGUAAAAUAAAGGAGUUUGCCGUGGAGCGCCGGACAGGGCGCGCACACGCGGCCCCGAGCGCGGGCGGCCACUCUCAGCUGCAAGUUUGUGCCGGGCCCCGAGCGCGCGCCGGCUGCGGAGCGCCGGCCCGAGCUAGAGGCCGCAAGAGUGCGAUGGGCGCGCCGAGGCUCUGUGCGCCGGCGGUGGCGCUGGGACUGCUGCUGUGCGCGGUGCUGGGGCGGCUGGGCCCGGCCGAGGGCAGCGGUCGCGGCGGUUCGGGGACACUCGGGCAGCCUUCUGGGGUCGCCGCCGAGCGCCUGUGUCCCGCUCCCUGCCGCUGCCUCGGAGACCUCCUGGACUGCAGUCGCCAGCGGCUGGCGCGCCUUCCCGAGUCGCUCCCGCCGUGGGUCGCUCGGCUGGACUUGAGUCACAACAGAUUGUCUUUAAUCAAGGCAAAUUCCAUGAGCCACCUUCAGAGCCUUCGAGAAGUGAAACUGAACAACAAUGAAUUGGAGACCAUUCCAAAUCUAGGACCAGUCUCAGCAAAUAUUACACUUCUCUCCUUAGCUGGAAACAGGAUUGUUGAAGUAUUACCUGAACAUCUGAAACAGUUUCAAUCCCUCGAAACUUUGGACCUGAGCAGCAAUAAUAUUUCAGAGCUUAAAAUUCCCCUUCCACCCCUACAACUCAAAUACCUGUAUAUCAACAGCAACCGGGUCACUUCGAUGGAACCUGGGUAUUUUGACAGCUUGGCCAACACGCUCCUGGUGUUGAAGCUGAACAGGAACCGAAUCCCAGCUAUCCCACCCAAGAUGUUUAAACUGUCCCAACUACAACACCUUGAACUGAACCGAAACAAGAUUAGAAACGUAGAUGGGCUCACAUUCCAAGGGCUUGGUGCUCUGAAGUCUCUGAAAAUGCAAAGAAAUGGAGUAACAAAACUUAUGGAUGGAGCUUUUUGGGGGCUGAGCAACAUGGAAAUCUUGCAGCUGGACCAUAACAACCUAACAGAGAUUACCAAAGGCUGGCUUUACGGCUUGCUGAUGCUGCAGGAACUUCAUCUCAGCCAAAAUGCCAUCAACAGGAUCAGCCCUGAUGCCUGGGAGUUCUGCCAGAAACUCAGUGAGCUGGACCUAACUUUCAAUCACUUAUCGAGGUUGGAUGAUUCAAGCUUCCUGGGCCUAAGCUUACUAAAUACACUGCACAUUGGGAAUAACAAAGUCAGCUACAUUGCUGAUUGUGCCUUCCGGGGGCUUUCCAGUUUAAAGACUUUGGAUCUGAAGAACAAUGAAAUUUCCUGGACUAUUGAAGACAUGAACGGUGCUUUCUCUGGGCUUGACAAACUGAGGCGGCUAAUACUCCAGGGGAACCGGAUUCGAUCUAUUACCAAAAAAGCCUUUACUGGUUUGGACGCAUUAGAACAUCUAGAUUUGAGUGACAACGCAAUCAUGUCGUUACAAGGCAAUGCAUUUUCACAGAUGAAGAAACUUCAGCAAUUGCAUUUAAAUACAUCAAGCCUUUUGUGCGAUUGCCAGCUAAAAUGGCUUCCACAGUGGGUGGCAGAAAACAACUUUCAGAGCUUUGUAAAUGCCAGUUGUGCCCAUCCUCAGCUGCUCAAAGGAAGAAGUAUUUUCGCUGUUAGCCCAGAUGGCUUUGUGUGUGAUGAUUUUCCUAAACCCCAGAUCACGGUUCAGCCAGAAACACAGUCGGCAAUAAAAGGUUCCAAUUUGAGUUUUAUCUGCUCGGCUGCCAGCAGCAGUGAUUCCCCGAUGACUUUUGCUUGGAAAAAAGACAAUGAACUACUGCAUGAUGCUGAAAUGGAAAAUUACGCACACCUGCGGGCCCAAGGCGGUGAGGUGAUGGAGUACACCACCAUUCUCCGGCUGCGCAGCGUGGAAUUCACCAGUGAGGGGAGAUAUCAGUGUGUCAUCUCCAAUCACUUUGGCUCAUCCUACUCUGUCAAAGCCAAGCUCACAGUAAAUAUGCUUCCUUCCUUCACCAAGACCCCCAUGGACCUUACCAUCCGAGCUGGGGCAAUGGCGCGUCUGGAGUGUGCCGCCCUGGGGCAUCCAGCCCCACAGAUAGCCUGGCAGAAGGACGGGGGCACAGACUUCCCUGCUGCGAGGGAGAGACGCAUGCAUGUUAUGCCUGAGGACGAUGUGUUCUUUAUUGUGGAUGUGAAGAUAGAGGACAUCGGGGUUUAUAGCUGCACAGCUCAGAACAGUGCAGGAAGCAUUUCUGCAAAUGCGACUCUGACUGUCCUAGAGACACCAUCCUUUCUGCGGCCCCUGUUGGACCGAACUGUAACCAAGGGAGAAACGGCCGUCCUGCAGUGCAUUGCUGGAGGUAGCCCUCCUCCCAGACUGAACUGGACCAAGGAUGACAGCCCCUUGGUGGUCACCGAAAGGCACUUUUUUGCAGCAGGCAAUCAGCUGCUGAUCAUUGUGGACUCUGAUGUCAGCGAUGCUGGGAAGUACACAUGUGAAAUGUCAAAUACCCUUGGCACUGAGAGAGGCAACGUGCGCCUCAGUGUGAUCCCCACUCCCACCUGCGACUCCCCUCAGAUGACCGCUUCGUCGUUAGACGACGACGGAUGGGCCACCGUGGGCGUCGUGAUCAUAGCAGUGGUUUGCUGUGUGGUGGGCACGUCGCUCGUGUGGGUGGUCAUCAUAUACCACACAAGGCGGAGGAACGAAGAUUGCAGCAUUACCAACACAGAUGAGACCAACUUGCCAGCAGAUAUCCCUAGUUAUUUGUCAUCUCAGGGAACCUUAGCCGACAGGCAGGAUGGGUACAUCUCCUCAGAAAGUGGAAGCCACCACCAGUUCGUCACUUCUUCAGGAGGCGGAUUUUUCUUACCACAACACGACAGUAACGGAACGUGCAAUAUCGACAAUAGCAGUGAAGCCGAUGUGGAAGUUUCCACGGAUCCAUUCCUUUGUCCCUUUUUGGGAUCCUCAGGCCCUGUGUAUUUGAAGGGGAAUGUAUGUGGCUCCGAUCCUUUUGAAGCCUAUCAUACAGGCUGUGGCCCUGACCUGAGAACAGCUUUAAUGGACCACUGUGAGCCCAGUCACAUAAAGAAAAAGGAGUGCUACCCAUGUCCUUAUCCUUCAGAAGAAUCCUGUGAACAGAAUGGCAGUGAUGUAGGAUGGCCUUCACAUGUGAGGAAAUUAAUCAACUCCACUUACUCUCAGAAUGAAGGACCCGGAAUGAAAAGUUUGUGUCUAAACAAGUCCUCUUUAGAUUUCAGUCUAAGUCCAGAGCCAGCAUCAGUUGCUUCAAGUAAUUCUUUCAUGGGAACAUUUGGAAAGCCUCUGAAGAGAGCUCACCUGGAUGCUUUUUCAAGCUUUGGACAGCCAUCAGAUUGUCAGCCAAGAGCAUUUCACCUAAAAGCUCGUUCUUCCCCAGACUUGGACUCUGAGUCAGAGGAAUAUGGGAAAGAAAGGACAGAUUUUCAGCAAGAAAAUCACACGUGUACCUAUCAACAGACCUUAGAAAACCAUAGGACUCCAAAUUUUCAGUCUUAUGACUUGGACACCUAGACUGAGUAGGAGCAAAGAGCCCUAACAUACUACCUCAAGCAGACUUUUAUUUAAAAGAGAGAGAAUCCUAUGUCUUUAAAUGGAGUUAUGAAUUUUAAAAGGAUAAAAUGUCUUAUUUAUACAGAUGGACCAAAAUUACAAAAAGUUAUAAAAAAUUUUAUACUGGGAGUAACUUUCAUAUAAGGAUACCUUUUUAAACUAUUUUAACUUUGUUUUAUGUGAAAAAAAAAAUCUUAAUGUAAAUUAAUGGUAUGAAUCCAUGACUAUUUUAUGUAUUUUUAUAAUGCCAGAUUUCUUUUUAUUGAAAAUGAGUACUAAAACAUUUUAAUUAAUACCUGUCUUGUACCUUUUUUGAAUAGAGGUCACUUCAUUUUAUUUUGCACAUUGCAUUUAAUAAAAUGUGUCCUUUUGAUCCUAAGCCCCAUCUAUACAAUUACAGUUUUUGUUGUUCUCAACACAUUUUAGGCUUAAUAAUUUCAUAUUAUCACGUCCAAAUUGAAGGAAAUUCUACUUAGCACAUUAAAAUAUGAGCAAAAACUGACCAUUCUGCCUAUCACACAGAGUUGAGGUAAUGCAAACUCAAAUCAGAUUAGUGUAUAUAAAAGCACAUUGUAAACGAAAAAGAGCUACAAAGAUUCGAGGUGUAUUAAUUUAUUUCUAACUUUACAAACAAACAUUUGUUGGUAUAGUCUGGUAUAAUGUAGUGCAACCACUAUUGCUUAAAUCACUGCUCAAGCCAUGUUUCUUUAAUUAUAAUAAUGCCUUACGUGGCCUGAUGCCUUGUGCUUUUCCAAAUAGUUUCACAUUUACCAUCCCUUUAAUUAUAACAAGAGCAUGGUUUACUGCACAUUUCUGUAGUUAAAGUGGCUAUAACAGAGGUGAUUUUCAUUUACUGUUCCAGGUUAUAGUGGGAUGCUGAUAGAAAUCUUGGCUAUUUUUUACUGAUUUUGUGUUGGAUGAGCAGUUCUUAUAAAAAAGGUACUUUUAAGCUAGUCUAAAGAAUUAAAAUAUUUUCCUAAUUUGGUUAUCCUGCUUUUGGUAAAAACUGAGUAUCAAAUCUGUUACUUAAACUAUUUAAAAUAUUUGUUUUAAAUAGUAUUUAAGUGAAAAUGUCAUUACAUGGUGCGUAUAUACACACAAAACAUGAAUAUAGUCAUCUUUAAAAUUGACAUUAUUUCAAUUACUUGAAGUAAACUUAAGUCUACUAAUUCAGGUGAUGAAAUUGGAUUUUUUAAAGGCAAUUCUUGUUUACGUCUAUAGUUUAAAGACCAAUCCUCUUGCCCAAGAAUAGUUAAAUAUAUAUGGGAAGAGUUAAUGCAUAGCACAUUAAGCUUUAAAAUCCAACCUGAUGAAGGUGUGAAUUUAUGCCAUUGUCAGUCCUUUGAACUAAAGUGAAAGCAGUUGUUAGAAAAGCAGAUUCUUCUCGGAGGAUAUGUUGGGGGGGUGACGUUUUCCUGCUUAGGGAGUGUCCAGUUUUGCUGUCUGUGAGCCAGAAACGACCCCAGACUGUAGUAAGAUUUUCUUCCUUUAAUGUAGACACCAGAGUCUAGGACAGGAAGUUGAUCCUUCCUUGGAACACCAGUGACUAUGUGCAGAGAAGUGAUUUUGUAUGCUUUGGCUUUAUCAUAUUGCCAGACUUUCAAAAUCUUAUUAACUUGUCUUCAUUAUUGCCAGAUGUGUUGCAAGCAUUGAUGGGGGCCUAUUCAAUGAUUAAGAACUUCUUUUAACGGAUUUCAUUUUUCCGGACUUAGCCACAAAGGUUUAAAUCAUUAACACUUGAAAUUCAAAAAUUAUAUUCACUCUACUUUAAUAUGAUUUUUCCCUUUUACUCUGUGUGUAUAUAUGGAUUACAGAUAAUUUUAGCUGUGUGGAAAAACAGGAGCUCAAUUUCUCUUUGACAUUUGCAGGAAAAGAACGUAUAUAAUCACAAAAUGAAUCUAGUAAGUAUUAAUAUAUCCUAGAAUAAUACAGACUUCAGAAAAAGAUAAAUACCAAAUCAUUUAGUUUAUGAAAAAUAAUGCCUAAAAUUUUUCAAUUUAAUCUUUUCUGUGCUUUCUGAUAAAGACUAAUUCACAUACAACAUGUCUUAAUAGAUGUUCACGCCACUUUCAUAGUGUUUUCUUCAUUACCAGUGCUAAUGAUAACAUCGUUACUGUGUGUAAUCUCAACCUGUUUUUUAAGAUAUUCGGAGAUAAAGGUUAUAUAACUGUGGCAGGCAACAUUAAAAAAAAAUUUUUAAUGUUUAUUUUUGUGAGAGACCGAGUAUGAGCAGGGGAGGAGCAGAGAGAGAGGGAGACACAGAAUCCGAAGCAGGCUCCAGGCCCUGAGCUGUCACCACAGAGCCCGACUCAGGGCUCGAACCCAGGAACCGUGAGAUCAUGACCUGAGCCAAAGUCGGACACUUACCCAACAGCCACCCAGGUGCCCCAGCAAUAUUUCGUAAUGUCUAGUCUGUGGAACGUUUACAACUCACUUUCACAGUCCUCUUAACAGAAGCCAGAAAUUACUUCUCAGAAUAAAGCCAGUGGUACUAUUUUUAAAAACUUGAUGUCAAAAAGGAAAGUGAAUUGCUAUUUGUACACACCUGAAGGGUGUUAGUCCUUUUGAUUUAAUGUGAUAGGAAGUAAGUUAUAACCAACAUUACAAUAGAUGUGCUACAGGGGUAUUUUUCAAGAAGGAGAACCAAAUGUCACCACAGAGAGCCUGCUAUGUGCCUCCCACUCUCGGAAUCUGCAGUGGUUGGACUUGUGUAAUAGGAUAAUUUAGAACUCACUAUUUUUUAAGACGGCAUUCCAUGAACACAUUGAAUAGCUCAGCGUCCUGCCAAAAAAACUAUUAGAGUCUUCAAAGAGGGGUACGGUUUCUUCAUGAAUUGGAAUUAUUUCAAUAUUUGAGAAAUAUCCAGUUACCAGAACUUACCUUUUCCAUGAGGCACUUUUUAAACUAAUGUAUAAAAAGAGUCUUUUAACAGAGAAAUAUUGAUCCCAAUAUUUGGGACCAUUUGGUUUGUUUUUGUUUUUGUUUUUUUUGAGAAAUCUGAUAAUUGGUGUCUUUUAAUAAAGAUGUUUGAUUUAACUUGAGAUGUAUUACUGAGAUUAAAAAACAUGAAAAUCUAUAUUAUAGAUUGAAAUGUAUACAGUUUCCCCAAAUCUCUCUAUUGUAAAAAUUUCAAGAUAAUUAUCAUUUCUACCAGUUUUAGUGUCUAGGGUCCGAAUUCUGUGUCCUCCCAUAUGUUGAUUGAUACCCAUGAGCAUAAGAAAUUAUAAUCAGUAUUUGCAUGUAGCCUUUUAUUAGAAUUACAUGUUUUAAAGAAUUUUUAAGAAUACAUCUUAAUAAGGCAAAGCAAUCCACAAUUGUUACAAUUUCACUCUCGGAUUUCUAUAAUUUUCAUGUAUCUCUGUUGGGUUUUAUGGUUGAUUUUAGCUUUUAACAAGUAAACUUUUUUUUUAAUCCUGUUUAAACAUAA